CCAAACACAAAGAAACUAAACAAAAAUGGCGACGGAGGAAUUCCAAAGCCCUCAAAACCAUAAAAAUGUUGUUCACAGAGACAUCAUCAUCAGUCCUGGGUUCAGAUCUGUGGCUGCGAUGGCUGGUUGGGAUGAAGAAGCCUUAUUAGCAGCAUCAGAAGAAGUAGCUGAAGAUACACCAGAAAAAGAAUCAUCAAAAUCCCCGCAAACUUAUUCAAUAAGGAAACGUAGGAGAUAUAGUCCUGUUACAAACCCUGUAUUAGUUCUUAACCUUGAUGAUGAAGCAAGAGCUACACACCAUGACGGGCCUGUUGCUGGCAAAGAACCACAAAUUGAAUCUCUGAAAGAAGAGAGGAAACAAGCCGAUCCCAAAUCUGAGGAAAUGCCGCCUGCAAAUCUUCCUUGUAUGAGGGAAGAAUCAUCUUGUGCUGCAAGUGGAAAUUUAGAACCACGAAUUGAAUCUCUGAAUAAAAAGAGGAAACAAGCGGAGCCCAAAUCUGACGAAACGCCGCCUGCAAAUCUUCCUUGUACUGUAAGUGGAAAUUUAGAACCACAAAUUGAAUUUCUGAAAGAAAAGAGGGAACAAGCCGAGCCCAAAUCUGAUGAAAUGCCGCCUGCUGCUAAUCUUCCUUGUAUGGAUAAAUUGAAGGAAGAAUUAUCUUGUGCUAUUUGCUUGGAGAUUUGCUAUGAACCAAGUACUACUCCUUGUGGUCACAGUUUUUGCAAGAAAUGUUUGAAAUCUGCAGCGGAUAAAUGCGGUAAAAAGUGCCCGAAAUGCAGACAACUGAUUGGAAAUGGAAGAUCUUGUAUUGUGAAUACAAGUCUUUGGAACACAAUACAGCUUUUGUUUCCACAAGAAGUAGAAGCAAGGAAAGCUGUUGCGGCCAAAAACAGUCGAGAACAAGUCAAGGCUCAGAGUACUGUAGGAGGAGAGGAUUCUAUUUCAAGAAGACGAAGUGGUAGGACUAAUUCAAUGGUGAUGAUGACAAAUCCAAGUAACAUUAGAGUGAGUUCUAGUUCAGGAAAUCAAAGUGGUAGGUCUAAUUUUACGGGGAAUUCAGUAAGAUUGAGCAGCUCAGCGAGGAACAGAAGAGAUAGGCCUAGUCAAGCCGAGGAUGCUGCAUUAGCUUUGAGAUUACAAAGAGAGGAGUUUAUGGCGGCUUUUAGGGCCGCAGAAGAAGCCUCAACUGCCAGAGAAAACCUUAGAGCACUGGCUUCAAGAGCUGUUGACAUCCGUCUUGGAAGAAGACUGACAUAGUUCUUUUGAAUUUUUAGCUUCUGAGAUUCUAGUAUUUUCAUGCUGAAAACUUAUUGUUUGUUUGUACGUAAUAUUUGAUCAAGCAACCAUGGUAUGGUUGUUUAUUUAGUGGAUUGCCGCGAAUUAAGGUACGGGUUUUUUAAACAGAAGACCCUUUUGAAUGUAAUGUGCAUCGAGUAUACUUAAAUCCCAUGUAGUCAAGUAAUGUGGCUGCUUUGA